UGUUCCUUGGCUCCCCUUUGUCCCCCCACUCCCCGCCCAGGCCUGGCCUGCCUGCCGGGCCACUCUUCCCUCCCUCCCUCCUCUCAGCCUGGAUGGCAGGAGCCCGAGACCCCGCCUGUGCAGCUGGGUGUGCAGACCCGCCGGUUUAGGAGCACCCCUCAAGCUCAGGGUAAGAAAGUUCACCGUCUGAGGUUCUGACAUCCAUUCUGGGGAAACAAAAGUCACCGUGGAGGCACCAGAUCACCAUGCUCAGCCUCAAGCUGCCCCAACUCCUGCAAGUCCACCAGGUCCCCCGGGUGUUCUGGGAAGACGGCAUCAUGUCUGGCUACCGCCGUCCCACCAGCUCGGCCUUGGACUGUGUGCUCAGCUCCUUCCAGAUGACCAACGAGACGGUCAACAUCUGGACUCAUUUCCUACCCACCUGGUACUUCCUCUGGCGUCUCCUGGCGCUCGCAGGGGGUCCAGGCUUCCGGGCGGAGCCGUACCAUUGGCCGAUACUCAUCUUCCUGGUGCCCGCUUGCCUCUACCCCUUCGCGUCGUGCUGCGCACACACCUUCAGCUCCAUGUCGCCCCGCGCGCGUCACAUCUGCUACUUCCUAGACUACGGCGCACUCAGCUUGUACAGCCUGGGCUGCGCCUUCCCCUAUGCCGCCUACUCCAUGCCGACCUCCUGGCUGCAAGGCCCCCUGCACCAGCUCUUUGUGCCUACCGCCGCACUCAAUUCUUUCCUGUGUACCGGCCUCUCCUGCUACUCCCGGUUCCCCGAGCUAGAAAGCCCUGGGCUCAGUAAGGCCCUCCGCACAGCGGCCUUCGCCUACCCCUUUCUGUUCGACAACCUCCCACUCUUCUAUCGGCUCGGGCUGUGCUGGGGCCGGGGCCAUGAUUGUGGGCAAGACACACUGAGUACCAGUCACGGCUACCACUUCUUCUGUGCGAUGCUCACUGGCUUCCUCUUCACCUCCCACCUCCCUGAGCGGCUGGCACCAGGGCGCUUUGACUACAUCGGCCACAGCCACCAGCUGUUCCACAUCUGUGCCGUGCUGGGCACCCACUUCCAGCUGGAGGCAGUGUUGGCUGAUAUGGCAUCACGGCGAGCCUGGCUGGCCACACAGGAACCAGCAUUGGGCUUAGUGGGCACGCUGGCCACAUUAGGGCUGGUGGUGGCUGGGAACCUCCUCAUCAUCGCCACUUUCACAGCCUCCCUGCUUUGGGCUCCUGGCUCAUGCCCCUUGUUGCAGGGUGGUCUGCCAGAGGAGAGCACCAGGACCAAACAACAGUGAGCCCAUCCCUGACCCUGCCCUGGAGGGAGGCAGAGGCCAGGCCCCAGCAGUGCUGA